UUACUUAACUUAGAUUUCUAUUAAUUUUAUAAAAUACCCUAAAAAUAAGAAAAAAAUAAAUACAUAAUAAGUAGGAAUUGCCUUAAUAACAACAAAAAUUAUUUUAACAAAUUUGGUUUUAAAAUAACUUCUAAAAUGUCUGUUUAGAAGAAAUACUCUAAUAAAUGUGAAGGAAUUAAUAAAGCUAUGUAAAAUGAUUUUACAUAAAACUACUAAAGCAUUUACAACAGAGAGGAUUUUACUUUAACUGAAAUAGUUGAUAUGGAAAAAUAAAUUCAAAGACUCAAAAUUCUUUUUGAGUUUUUUGAUAUAUGGGAGUCGGGACUUGCAUAUCGGGAGUAGAAAGAGGAAGAACUAAAAGAGAAAUUUAGGCAGAGCGAACAAGUUUCAUUUUGUCAAUUAGAAGAAGAGUAAACAAAUAGAUCAUAAAAACCCUCUGGCAGAGGUAGUGAAAGAUAAUAAAGCAAAGGUAUUUAAGAUGCAGCAGAAUUAGAAGAAAUAUAGAAUUUGGAAAAAAUGUUAUUUGAAAGAGAAAAAUAAUUAAAUGGAUUUGAGUAGGAUUUAAAUGCACUUAAGCAAGAAAUUGUAAAGAAAAAUGCAAUUGUUGAGUAAGAAUUUUAUGAAGUACAAAUUUAGAAAGAUAAUUUAAUUCAUCAGAAUUAAGAAAGUUAAAAAGAUCUUUUUAAUGACUAAAUGUAUUUGAUUAAAUAGUAAGAAUUGGAUUAUUACAUUAAGCAGGAAGAAUCUUUGGAAUCAAGGUUUGCAAGUCUAAACGAGAAAGAGUAGCAAACAGAACAAGAAUAAGUGCAGCUUUAAGAGCAAUGCAAGGAGAUAGAAGAUAGCAAAAGACAGAUUGAAGAUAAAAAGAAAGAAUUGGCUGCAAUUGAGCUAAGUAUGAUGAGUAAACACAACGAAUUAAUCAAAGAGCUAGAAGAAGCUUAAAAAAAGUUAGAGGCAAUUGCUGUUUAAGUUGAUUGUGUUUAAAAUUAGUAAUCUUCUUUAUUCUAUAAGGAGAAACUUGAAAAUAGAGAUAAGUUAAUAACUGAAAACGAAUAAAAACUAGCUGUUAGAGAAGAUUUGCUUUAAAAAGAAAUAGCUUAGUUGAAAUUAAAGUGUUCCAAUUUGAAUAUUCCUAUAAAUAACAUCAAAUUUAGUGAAGAAAGUCUCCUCAGCAAAAGAUGUAACACUGAUUCCUUUUUUGAUUUGAGCAGCUCUAAUAUACCAAAUCCUAAACAGAUUCACUCUUUUAGAAAUAGCAAUAACACGACAUCAACUUUUGUUUAAACUCCUCCAAAUGGUUAAAAUAUUUCUUUCGACUAAAUGAAACUUUAGAUUAAAAAAUAAUCUCAAGAUCAAGUCAGAAGCAGGGAAAAUUAGUUCAAUUUAGUUCAAAACGAUCAAUAUUGUGAUGAAAUCAAACUAAUUAGAGGCUAAAGUCAACCUGAAAAAGAUAGAAGUCCUGUUAACAAUCUAAAAAUGAAGCUAUCUUCGAGAAAAAAAGAAUUAAGUGCCUUUUUGAGUCCUACAAAUUAGCAUGUUAAAAAUUUCGAAGCUAGUUUUUAGGCAAGCAAAGUUGAAUUUGAUACUUCCUAAGUAGAAGUUCACCAAAGCUAUUAAAAUGGGUAUGAAAUUUUUAAUGCUCCAGCUUAAUAAAAAAAUAUAUUACAUAAUGAAUCUAGCCCUUUAUCUAAUUUAAAUGAUAUUAACAAGAAUUCUUUUUCUCCAUAAAACGAUGACCCAAUCACUUCUUAAGUGAAUAAUUAAUAAAAUAUGAAUUUAAGCAGUUCAGUUAAACAGGUAAAUGUACUAAAAUAAGAAAAUUAUAUUCAUCAAGCAAACGUAAUUCAAUAAGAAUAAUAUAUUUAAACAAGAAAUUAAUCUAAUUCAAAUCAAUAUUAACUAAAUCAUAACAAAGUUAUUAGCUAGUAAUAACAAAAUUAAAAUAUUGGUUCACAAAAUGAAACACAAUCACAUUAAAGAAGUGGAAGCAUUACUAUGCAAGAAAAGAUCCUUCAAUAAAUGAAACUGAAUCAAUCAUCUUCUUCAAAAAUACCUUAAAAAAGAAAUUCUGUCAGCAAUAAAAACCAAAGCUAAUCAGAAACCAAAAGUUAAAUAAUAAUAAAUUAGUAAAAACUUAACAAAAUAGCACUGCCUUAAUCACAAAACAUAGGAGCUGAAUUAAAAGAAAAAGUUUCUGAAAUGACAAACAGCUAAAAAAUAAAAAAUAAAAUACUUAAAUUGAAUUAAUAAGAAAAUUAAUUUCAGUAAACAGAGUAAUAAUUUACCUAAAAUUAAAAAGACUUUGCAUUUAACAACAAUAAAGAAAAGACAAAUUUAUUUUCAUUUAAAAAAAUUGACAAUAACAACUAAAGCCAGGCAAGCAUGAAUUCAUCAAGGCGAUAUGAAAAAAGCUCAUAACCGAACACAAACAACCAUAACAGAACUUUUUCUUUUGCUAAUGUUGGAACAAGUCAAGAAUUAAUUUCAGGAAGUGAUAUAUCUUAUUAAUAAUCUUUAUCUAACUUCUUGAAAAAUUCAUCUAACAAUACAAGUUUUCAGCCACCUCUAAAAAACAAUACCAAAAUUAAUACCAAUUCUUCACUAAUGUCUGAAAGAAAAAAUUCGCAAAGAGAUGAAAAUGUAGAUCCUAAAAAUCAAAUUUCUUUUAGUGGGCAAAAAAUUAGACAAAAUUAAAUAAACAAUUAAUAAUUUUUUAAUUAAAAUUGA